AUGGCCUCCUCUGCGCCGAUGCGCAAGCCCGGGUUCCUGCUGCGCCUUGACGACGGCGGCGUUGUGGGCCCCGCACACCGGUUGGGCUUCAGAGACGGGGAUCCCAAUCGCCCGGUGUACCUGCCAGUGGCGGAGGCGCACAAGCGGGGCCUGGUGGGCGGGCCGGAGCUGUCCAGGCUGGCCGGCCUCGUCAAUAAGGGGAGGGCGCUGCUGAAGAGGCAGGCGGAUGCGGCGGAACUGCCGGUUGGGGGAGCCCAGCGCGGCAAGCGACCUCGGGUGGCGGGGCAAGAUCCACCAUCAGAUGAACAGGCACACCGCGGAAGUUUCGUCCAGGACUGCCUGGGCAUAAUUGAACAGAUCGAGCAGGACCUGGGAAAGAAUGCUUACAUAUUCAACAAGCCAGUGAACCGCAUGGUUGUGCCAGACUACUAUGACAUCGUCAAGAAUCCAAUGGACCUUGGUACACUGAGAGAGAACCUACUGGGAGGAAAAUACGCCCACCCAGAAGAAUUUGCCAAGGAUAUGCGGCUUGUGUGGAGCAACUGCAGCCUGUACAACAAGAAAGGCGACCUGGUUGAGAGGCUCGGCAACAGGGCCUCUUUGUCCUUUGAGAACAGGUGGGCAAUGUCAGGCUUUGCUGAUGAGUCAAGGUCGAAGAGGCCAACCGUUGGUCUGCAGCCAUCGAACCACAACCCAGGGCAGAGCACUUCUCAACCUGAAAAUGUCCCUAUAGCCAAGGAGAAGAAGGUCAACAAAGUCUCCAAGACUGCCAGCCACAAGCAGCCUGGGCCUGGUGGUCCAUCGGCAAGUAGCAGCAUGGAUGUGGCGAUGGCUGCACCACCUUCAAGGCGUCCCCCAGCAAAACCGGCAAGUCCAGUCUAUCCUGAUAGACCCAUGUCAACAGACCAGAUGCAGGAUUUGGCUGAGGGCCUCAGAUCCCUUGAAGUCGACGUUCUUGAAGAUGUCAUCAAGAUCGUUCGGGAGAGCAGCCGUUUUGUGUACAAGGACUGUGAAGAGAUCGAGCUGGACAUCAGCGACCUGGACAAUAAGACGUGCUGGAAACUGGCAGCGUUUUUGAAGGAUCAUGGUGUGCAAGGCACCAGUGCACAGGGGGAAGGACUGCAAGAAAAACAGGUGGUCAGCACUGGCAGCCAAUACUCGGACUCAGAUGCUGAGUCGGGUUUCGAUUGA